AUGAGUAAAAGAGAAAACAAAAAUACUGAUAAUGUUCCUAUUCAUCUACCACAAAUAGACACGUAUGAGCCAUCAUGUAGUCAUUCACCCACAUAUUUUCAAACAAACGAAAAUAAUAUAUUAAAAUCGGACACGGAGCAAAUAGUUGAAGAAAACGAUAUUGGCUACUGUUUCGGUAAAAAUUUUCAAUUAGGAUGGAUUAAGCGUUUUCCUUGGGUUGUUUAUUCGAGAAUUGGUGAACAAGGUGCAGUUUGUAAAUAUUGUGCUAUAUUUGGUCGCGAAUUUUGUGGCAAAGGCAGUCACCAGAAACUUAAUACAUUAGUUGUAAAACCUUUUAAUAACUGGAAAAAAGCGAUUGAGAAAUUUAAUGAACAUAAUUCAGCGCGUGCUAUUCAAAUUGAUCAAAAUAGAAAGAGAUUAAUUCCUAUUAUUCAAAUAAUUAUUAUUUGUGGGCGGCAAGAAAUAGCUUUACGCGGUACUAGCGAUUACGGACCUCUCUCUUUAGACAAUUCUGAACCUACUUACAAUGAUGGUAACUUCCGAGCAUUAUUGAGAAUGCGCAUUUCGUGUGAAGAUAAAAAUCUAACAUAUCACAUUGAGAAUCAAGCGUUAAAUGCUUCAUAUAUAAGUCCUAUGAUUCAAAAUAAUUUUAUAAAUAUAUGUGGAAAAAUUAUACAGGACCAGUUAGUUAAUAAAAUUAAUCAGGCGAAAUGUUUUUCUGUAUUAGUCGACGAGACUACUGACGUAUCGCGUGUUGAACAACUGUCAUUGUAUGUACGUUAUUUAGAAAAUAAUUUAAAUAUUAAAAAAAAUGAAAUCAACAAUUAUGUAUUGAAAGAAGACUUCUUACAAUUUGUACCGGUAAAUUCUACCACUGGUCAAAAUUUGGCCACAGUAAUUUUAGUUACUUUAAAAAAUCUUGGUAUAAAAUGUGACUAUUUACUUGGCCAAGGCUAUGAUGGCGCCGCAGCCAUGAGUGGUAAUUUUAAAGGAGUACAGUCUGUUAUAAGAGAAGUACAUCCCGCUGCACUUUAUGUCCACUGUAGUGCACAUUCGUUAAAUUUAGCACUUGCUCAUUCGUCAAACAUUCACCAUAUUCGAAAUUGUAUUGGAACAAUAAAAUCUGUAGGAAAUUUUAUUAAAAUAUCGGCUAAACGAAUUGAAUUAUUAAAAAAUAAAAUAAAAGAAUUUCUUCCUGAAACUAAAUGGACAAAAUUAACUUCCAUGUGUGAGACUAGGUGGGUUGAAAAUCAUGAUGGUAUGCUUAGAUUUUCAGAAAUAUAUAAACCUAUUGUUACAACAUUAGAAGAACUACAAAUAUUUGUUGACAUUGAAACAUCAUCUAAAGCUUUACAGUUUUAUAAGUGUGUAACAACUAGUGAAUUUAUAAUAAGUAUGAUAACUGCGACCACACUUUUUUCUAUAACUUUGCCAUUAUGUAAAAUAUUGCAGUCGGUGAAAUGUGAUUUAAGUGAAGCAGUAGAUCAUGUUGAAACUGUUUUAAGUGAAGUGAAAGAUAUGCGAACAAAUAUUAAUGAAAAUUUCAAAGAAAUAUUCAAUAAAUCAGAACAAUUGUUCAUAUCCGUGAACGAGGAAGAAAAAAUAAAAAUACCAAGAUUAAUAAGUCGUUCAACAAAUAGAAUAAAUGUGGAUAUCAAAAUUCCUGAAGACUAUUUUCGUAUUGCAAUUCCAAUUCCAUUCUAUGAUGAUUUUAUUAGACAUGAAAAUCUUGAGGGAAGGGAGUGUCCAGUGACACUACUUCCAAUUUAA